AUGUUUAAUUUCAUAAUCUUCAUACAUUUUCUAUUUAUUUUCCGUUUUUCAUUCAAUUAUUUUUCUUUUAACACUUGUAAUUUCUUUUACUUCAUCCUUUCUCGUUCAUUCUUUUUUCAUUCUUUAUUUUUUUCUUUCAUCUUUAACUUCUCCCAUCCUCUUUCUUUCUUUCGUUCUUUCUUUCUAAUUGAUUUUUUCUUUCAUCUUUCCCGCUCUUCUCACCAAUUCUUCUUCUUUUUUUUUCCUUCCAAUUUUCUUCUUUAUUUCAGUUUUCUUAUUUCUUUCUUAAUUUCUAUUUUCUUUUCUCUUGUCCCCGAUUUUCAUUCCUUUCUCAUCAAUUUUCUUUCUUUUUUUUUCAUUUUUCUUCUUUCUUUCAUUCUUAUUGAUUUUUUUCCUCCUAACUUCAGCCCUUCUCACCAAUUUUCUUUCUCGUUUCAUUUUGGUCACACACUUGGCAUAAUCCCAACUUUGCAAUGGUACUUCCAUCCCCGUCCAUUAUCAUUCAGUCCGUCCCUUUUCUCACUGAUAAACGACACAGUCAAUCGGGUGUGGCAGCUGGAUGCUCAUCCACAUAGCGAUCGCAUCAAUAAAUUUUGCGUCCCCUCUCAUUCUGUCUCACGUACAGUCGCAUCAAUAAAUUUUGCGUCCCCUCUCAUUCUGUUUCAUGUACAAUCGCAUUUAAAUUUUGCGUCCCUCUCAUUCUGUCUCAUGUACAGUCGCAUCAAUAAAUUUUGCGUCCCUCUCAUUCUGUCUGUCAGUCGCAUCAAAAAAUUUUGCGUCCCUCUCAUUCUUCGCAUCAAUAAAUUUUGCGUCCCCUCUCAUUCUGUCUCAUGUACAGUCGCAUCAAUAAAUUUUGCGUCCCUCUCAUUCUGUCUCAUGUACAGUCGCAUCAAUAAAUUUUGCGUCCCCUCUCAUUCUGUCUCAUGUACAGUCGCAUCAAUAAAUUUUGCGUCCCCCUCUCAUUCUGUCUCAUGUACAGUCGCAUCAAUAAAUUUUGCGUCCCCUCUCAUUCUUCGCAUCAAUAAAUUUUGCGUCCCCUCUCAUUCUGUCUCACGUACAGUCGCAUCAAUAAAUUUUGCGUCCCUCUCAUUCUGUCUCAUGUACAGUCGCAUCAAUAAAUUUUAUGUCCCUCUCAUUCUGUCUCAUGUACAGUCGCACAAUAAAUUUUGUCCCCUCUCAUUCUUCACAUCAAUAAAUUUUGCCCCUCCCUGUCUCAUGUACAUCGCAUCAAUAAAUUUUGCGUCCCUCUCAUUCUGUCUCACGUACAGUCGCAUCAAUAAAUUUUGCGUCCCCUCUCAUUCUGUCUCAUGUACAGUCGCAUCAAUAAAUUUUGCGUCCCCUCUCAUUCUUCGCAUCAAUAAAUUUUGCGUCCCUUCUCAUUCUGUCUCACGUACAGUCGCAUCAAUAAAUUUUAUGUCCCUCUCAUUCUGUCUCAUGUACAGUCGCAUCAAUAAAUUUUGCGUCCCCUCUCAUUCUGUCUCAUGUACAGUCGCAUCAAUAAAUUUUGCGUCCCUCUCAUUCUCUCAUCGCAUCAAUAAAUUUUGUCCCUCUCAUUCUGUCUCAUGUACAGUCGCAUCAAUAAAUUUUGCGUCCCCUCUCAUUCUUCGCAUCAAUAAAUUUUGCGUCCCCUCAUUCUGUCUCAUGUACAGUCGCAUCAAUAAAUUUUGCGUCCCCUCUCAUUCUGUCUCACGUACAGUCGCAUCAAUAAAUUUUGCGUCCCCUCUCAUUCUUCGCAUCAAUAGAUUUUGCGUCCCCUCUCAUUCUCAAAUUUUGCGUCCCUCUCAUUCUGUCUCAUGUACAGUCGCAUCAAUAAAUUUUGCGUCUCAUUCUGUCAUUCUGUCCCUCUCAUUCUGUCUCAUGUACAGUCGCAUCAAUAAAUUUUGCGUCCCCUCAUUCUGUCUCAUGUGCAGUCGCAUCAAUAAAUUUUGCGUCCCUCUCAUUCUUCGCAUCAAUAAAUUUUGCGUCCCCUCUCAUUCUGUCUCACGUACAGUCGCAUCAAUAAAUUUUGCGUCCUCUCAUUCUGUCUCAUGUACAGUCGCAUCAAUAAAUUUUGCGUCCCUCUCAUUCUGUCUCAUGUGCAGUCGCAUCAAUAAAUUUUUGCGUCCCUCUCAUUCUGUCUCACGUACAGUCUCAUCAAUAAAUUUUGCGUCCCCUCUCAUUCUGUCUCAUGUACAGUCGCAUCAAUAA